GUAGAGUUUGGGCAGAUGAAUUCUACUCCAACUUUCCCCGCGUAACUUUUUCUAUCCAGAACUUGGAAGUCGUGCAAAGACAUUGAACGACAUUCCUGCGCAACAAAAUUUCUCUUUCGUUCUGCCUACGUACUGUGCUGCAAGACAACUACUUAACAGGCACUCGAAGUGGGUGCAUCUUCCACGGGAUGCCACUCAUCAUCAUCACGGGCCUUCCCUGCUCAGGCAAGACAUUUCGAGCCCAACAGAUCGCCGCCGACCUGGAAGCCCUCAUCGCCGCAGACCCAGGGCGACACUCGAAGAAGACAGUUCAGAUAAUUCCAUCACACCACGCGGCGUCCGACGACAGCAAAAGCGAAAGCCUCCGCGACCAGAUUUACAACAGCAUCGCAGGCGAAAAGACCGCGCGGGCCGCCGAAUUCUCCGCGAUCAAGCGUGCCGUAUCUAGGGACGCCAUCGUCAUCGCCGACGCACCCAAUUAUAUCAAGGGAUACCGGUAUCAACUGUGGUGCGAGGCCAAGGCGGCCGGGACGAGAUGUUGCGUGGUUCAUGUCGCGGCGCGAGAGGACGAAUGUAAAGUCUGGAACAGGGAGCGGCUGAGAGCCUGGGGGAGAAACGAAGACGACAGCAACGGCACCGACCGGCAGCAACAAAGGCAGACCCAGGGCAAGGAUAUCCUCGGCGAUUUGGUCCCGGAAAGUCAUACUGCCAUCUAUGGUGAUCGGGUAUUGGACGGAAAGCCACGGUCGCGAUCUUCGUCUCUCGAUGUUGGAGAAGAAGACGAAGACGAGAAUGGACCGCGGUCGUCAUCCAUCAGGAAAACAAACAAUGCCAAUGGCGAUAUCGAUACCAUGACGUUGAAGUCGCUGUACAUCAGCGACAAACAACACGACAAGAGCACCACAGAGAAAGGACAUACCUCGAGUGCUGCCUCAAACGAUACGAAACAACAACAACAGCAACAACAAUCAUCAACACCAUCAGAUUCAAUACCAUCACUACCUUCCACCACCAUCGUCCCUCCAUCUCCAUCAUCCUCACCACCCUAUUCACCCACCACACUCGUCUCUCUAGCAAUGCGGUAUGAGCCCCCAUCGCCCUUCUCGCGCUGGGACACACCACUAUUCGUCAUCCCGUCGAGCGACCCCGUCCCGCCCACCCAGGCCAUCUGGACAGCAUUGUUCCCACCUCCCGCAAAACCGACCAGCAAAAAGGCCUUGUCUCAACUGUCUUCUUCUUCUAACAGACCUAAUCCAAAUCCACAUGAAUCCUCUGAAUGGCCGCAAACCCCAGAUCAUUCAGCCACAAACCACACCACCACCACCUCCUCCAGUAUCAACAGCAACAAGAACGUCCCGUCUUUCUCGUCCUCCUCGUUGUCUGAACCAGCCGUAAAACCCCACGCCGCAACCGUUCUCCCCAAAGCAACCGCCGCCGACGCCCUGCAGAUCCUCGAAAGCGCCACCAUGGACGUGACCAAACAUGUCCUCGCGUCGGCGCGCGAACAACUCGGUGGAGACAUAAAUGACGGCGGAGACGUCGAAUUGUCCAUUCCUAACCCGAACCCUAGUACACCCACAUCACCACCAUCACCAUCAACAACUCCCUCUCUUCCCCACUACGAAACAACCCUUCACAUCCCCGCCGGCAUCAACCUGUCGCAGCCUAUGCUUCAGCGUCUACGGAGAAAAUAUACCCAGAUCCAGCGCGGUGGCAUCGCCCAUGGCCAGGGAUAUAUCCACGGCCGUCGGGGCGUGGUGGCUGAUUUUAUUGAUUUCUUGGACCGCGAAUGGAACUAUGAUUGAAAGACAGAAGAUAAUCAAAACGAUGUAUACAUGUAAAAGAUUUCAUUCUCUCAUAUGUUUAACUUCUUAAUCGACUGCCAGUGGCCUGGGCCGUUGUCAUCAGCAGACUUUUAAUCGACUCGUCUGUCUGUCAACCGCCAGUCAGAGAUUCUUGAAACAAAACCACAGUGACAGGAACUAACAAGAUAAGAGAGCUAAUAUAACAGGACGGACGUUGCAGUAUCAGUGAUUGGUGGUGUAAUUCAUGUUUCUGGCUCAAAGGUACCCUAGCUAACUAGGAGAUGUAUUAUCGAGAGAAUCCGCCAUGCCUAUAAUCCAUUGCCAUAUGCAAAUCUUAUCCGGAGUGAUGAUCCCAAUGCAAGGCUGACCA